AUGUGGGGCUUGAGUAGAGUCGUCAUCGUAGUACUGCUGGCGACUCUUAGCGGGCUGCCAACAAGGAGUUUAAAAUAUGAUCUACGAGUGAGCAACUAUUCUUUCCCCGAAGAUUUCAUUUUCGGAGUCUCAACGGCUGCGUUUCAAAUAGAAGGAGCAUGGAACGAAGAUGGCAGAGGAGAAAGUAUGUGGGACACAUAUCUCCACCAGCAUCCGAACUUUACCGUAGACCACUCGAAUGGUGACGUAGCAGCGGACUCAUACCACAAGUACAUGGAUGACAUUGAGAUGAUUAGAAACCUUGGAGUCAGUCACUACCGCAUGUCAAUUUCCUGGUCAAGAAUUCUUCCCAACGGAACCGACAAUAACAUUAACCACAUGGGUGUAAUAUAUUAUCGUACAUUAUUCGAAGAACUUCUAAAAGUUAACAUCACUCCCAUAGUUACACUUUUUCACUGGGACAUGCCUACACCGUUUAUGGACCUCGGUGGUUGGAGCAAUCCGAAAAUUGUUGAUUAUUUUAAGGACUACGCGCGGGUAGCAUUCAACCUCUACGGGGAUAUAAUUAAAACGUGGACAACCAUAAAUGAGCCACACCAACAUUGCUAUAUGGGAUACGGUCUUAGUACAUAUGUUCCAGCAAUAGCGUCACAUGGCAUCGGCGAGUAUUUAUGUACUCACUACAUCCUGCUUUCACAUGCACGCGUCUACAGAAUGUAUGAAAAGGAAUUCCGACCUUAUCAGAAAGGUGUUGUAGGAAUAACUCUAGAUGCAUUUUGGAGUGAUCCAAAGGAUCCUAAUAAGGCUGAAGACAUUGAAGCUGCCCAUUGGUAUUUAAAAAUGCAUCUCGAUAUGUAUGCACACCCAAUAUAUUCCGAAACUGGUGAUUAUCCCGAUUUUGUUCGAGAGCGAAUUAACAACAUGAGUCUUCAGCAAAAUUAUUCACGUUCACGGCUGCCAUAUUUUACAGAUGAAGAGAUCGAUGCUUUACGCGGAAGUUCGGAUUUCUUUGGCCUCAACCACUACACUACUUACUUAAUGUCCCCAUCAAAUAUGGAAGAGAAAUGGAAAGUGCCGUCUAUAGAUCAUGACACCGGUGUCAAAAUGGAACAAAAUCCAUCCUGGGCAAGACCUGGUACUGAAUGGUUAUCGGUGCACCCUCCAGGCAUUCGAAAACUAGUCAAUUACGUACAAGCAAAUUACUUAAUUGUAAAAAAGAUACCAAUUCUAAUAACAGAAAACGGAGUGGGAGAUAAAGGCCAGAUAGAGGAUUACGAACGAGUGUCUUUCUUCAAUGACUAUCUUUACCAACUACUGCUUGCAAUACAUCAGGAUCAUUGUAAUGUCAAAGGGUACUUCGCAUGGACACUUAUGGAUGACUUCGAGUGGUCAGAUGGCUAUGUACCAAAAUUCGGACUGUACAAAGUUGACUUCGAUAGUCCAAACAAAACCCGAACUCCAAAACUGUCAGCGAAAAACUAUGAACAUAUAGCACGGACCCGUAAAAUUGAUUUCAAUUAUAUACAGCGUCCUUUGUUGCACUAG